AAAAAUAUUAUCCGGCCAUCUUGAAUGUGAGGAAGUAAACAGAGAGAGAGAGAGAGAGAGAGAGAGAGAGACUAUUAAUACUAUUACUAUUCCAGAUGGGGGAGAGAAUAGUGAAGGAGAGUGACUGUUACUUCUACUACUACUCCUCUUGCUCUAAGGGAGAGAGCUGCAACUUUCGCCAUGAACCUUCAGCCCUUCGUAACGAGACAGUCUGUGUGUACUGGAAGAGUGGGAAAUGUACUCGAGACAAAUGCAUUUUUCCACACAUGGAUAUCACCAAACAGAGAGACCGGAUAGCCUGUUACUUUGAGACACAGCCGGGCGGAUGUCGGAAGCCACACUGUCCCUUCCAGCACUCCUCCGUCAAGACAGCGGAUGACCUACCCACUGAUGGAGCAAUCCUGCCAGUGAAGGCCCCCUCAACCCCCCCUCCUGCCAGUGCCAAGGGGGCCGUGGCACCACAGAAGACCUCCGUAAUUGUGGCACUUCAUGAUGGUAAGAGAUUAGAACGAGGGGAGUGGGUAGGUGGCAGAUUUGAACAGGAAAAUGUUUAGGAUGGAGAGAAUUAGAGCGAGAAACAUGUGAGGGAAGUUAGAGUGAGUUAAAGUGAGAGAGAGAGAAAAUUAGAGCGAGUGGGAGUGGGU